CGUCCCGCGGGCAGGCGGCUCGGGGAGAGCCGCUCUCAGCACUGAGGCGACAGGCGCGAGGCCUCCGCGCGUCUUUCUGUGCCUCCCAGCCCAGUCUCGCGGGCCCCUACCCGCCUCCCACAGCGGAGCCAACCGAAAACGCCGAAUGGUGGGAGUGACAGGCGCAGGCGACCAACGAAGAAGCUCCUUAUUGGUGUGUGGCUGAGGCUCCGGCCGUAUAAAGGCGGCCACGCGUUAAGGCUCCGAGCUGGAGAGCGUCUGUCGUCCCUCUUGCCUCUGCGGGCAGGGCAGCAUGUCCGAAGCGGAGCAGCAGUUGGCGGCCGCCGCUGGCGCCACCCAGAACGGGCACGAAGCGGCCGAGAGCGCCGGAGAGCAGCAGGCCGAAAGCGGCGGGGCUCCGGCGGCGGCGGCGGCGGCAGGAGCGGCGACGGCGGGAACGGCGGCGGCGGCGGCAGCCGGACCGGCGGCGGGAACAGCGGGGACGGCCGCUAGCCAGAAUGGAGCCGAGGGCGAUCAGAUCAAUGCCAGCAAGAACGAGGAGGACGCGGGGAAGAUGUUUGUUGGCGGCCUCAGUUGGGAUACAAGCAAAAAAGACUUAAAAGAUUACUUCACCAAAUUUGGUGAGGUAACUGACUGUACGAUAAAGAUGGACCCUAACACAGGAAGAUCCAGAGGCUUUGGAUUUAUUCUCUUCAAAGAACCUGGGAGUGUUGAAAAGGUUCUGGAACAGAAAGAACACAGGCUAGAUGGACGACUAAUUGACCCCAAGAAGGCCAUGGCAAUGAAAAAGGAUCCAGUAAAGAAGAUAUUUGUUGGUGGACUUAACCCAGAAGCCACAGAAGAGAAAAUCAGGGAAUACUUCGGAGAGUUUGGAGAGAUUGAAGCAAUUGAACUUCCAAUGGAUCCGAAGACCAACAAAAGGAGGGGGUUUGUGUUCAUCACUUUCAAGGAAGAAGAUCCGGUGAAGAAGGUUUUGGAGAAGAAAUUCCAUAACGUCAGUGGAAGCAAGUGCGAGAUUAAGGUAGCGCAGCCAAAAGAAGUAUACCAGCAGCAGCAGUUCAGCAGUGGCGGAGGAAGAGGUAGCUAUGGAGGAAGAGGCAGAGGUGGAAGAGGCGGCGCUCAAAGUCAAAAUUGGAAUCAAGGUUAUGGCAAUUACUGGAACCAGGGUUAUGGGAAUCAAGGAUACGGCUAUCAGCAAGGUUAUGGUGGCUAUGGAGGCUAUGAUUAUUCAGGAUAUGGGUAUUAUGGAUAUGGACCAGGCUAUGAUUACAGUCAAGGCAGUGCAAAUUACGGGAAGACACCAAGACGUGGUGGUCAUCAGAAUAACUACAAGCCAUAUUGAUCAAACUUAUUCAGGCCUGGCAGUGGUCACAGUUGAUGCCUACAAGCACUGGAUAUUCCACAAGUUGAAGACGGAAUACUGACUUGUUUACCUGAAGAUAAUAGGACUUCGGGGUAUUUCCUCAGAGAAAAUAUAAAUUUUAAUAUAAUUUCAUAAGCUUUUGGAGGUUAGCUUGUCUUGUAGCUUCAGUGAUAUCAAACUUCUUCAAGUAGGAGCUAGAUAGAAAGCUGUUUAGUUUUUGCCAGCGUAUGUAAAACAAGACUUUUCUAUCUGCAUUGUAGAUUGUUUGUGGACACUUCCAGAUUCUUGUGCUUUCUGCAGUCAUUCUGGGGACUGAACUCUCAUUGAUAGUGAUAGAGGUUCCAUGAGCAGGACACGUGCAGGAAUUUGAGUGUAGAAGCCCACAGUGUGGUUUGGAGUAGUGAAUUGCUUUUAGUUUGGAGAAGACUGAGGGAGAUGGGAAGAGCAACUGUACUUUAAGGGAACAAUUACAGAUCUUCUUCCCGGUGACAUCAGUGAGAGAUUUGCCUUCAACCUUCCACAGAAGAAGAUUUUUAGCUUUAAUUUGGGACAGUAAAGGGGUUUUCAAAAGCACUAAAAACCAGUGGGAGUGGUUUUGGCUGCUCCUUAGGCCUUUCAAAACCCCUACACCGAAAGUAAUAGCCAACAACGUGAAAUGGAAGUAAAUAAAAUGCAUUUUCAUUGCUGUUUUGAGUUACAUAA